CCCGCCGAAACAAAGCCCGACGCCGCACGCCCGCCACUCAGUCCACGCGCAAGCUCCGACGUGAAAACAACUCCCGAAAAAUCUUUCAUUUGUAUUUCAAAGUGCACUAACUGAGUGAAUUGGAUUAUUUUUGUCGUACGUCUCAGAUUAAAUUACAAUAUACCACAAUGUCUCAACUGCAAGCCGGUCAGCAACUCGUCAAGAAGACCAUGGAUGAGAUGAUCCAGCAAAAGCAAACCCAAGAAAAGGUUACCAUCCAAGCGAGACAGGAAUUCCGCGAGAGCUUCCAAGCAAGUUACGAAGAAGAAUUCGAGGAGGAGAUCCACAUUGAUUGCCACGGAAACAAGACCUCAAAGAAGAUAGAAUCCAGCAGCGAGAGCUCUGAGCACUCGAAGAGCGCUGAUGUCCAGGUGAAGGCCACGGGACUCAACGACGAACAAGUGCAGGCACUCACAGACUGCGCGAACCAGGCGGGACAACUAGCCCUGGACUCUAAAGCUGCCAACUGAACGCAUGUGUCCUUACAAUCGUGCCUGUGAUGGUGGUUUCAAAGAGUGUCAAAGACUGUGUCCAGUGUUCCUUAUUAUUUUAUGAUAAUAAUUAUUAAUAAUAAAGUUAAAUAAUACGAUAUCAUUAAAUAUUCUGAAAGUUCAAU